GGCACAUUGAUUCAAUCUCGGCUCGGAAAAUCAAUCAUAUCUACGCACAGGAAAACUGGAAGCACCAUCAGCAAGCAGGAAAUGGCUUCCCAGAUGACACAUUCAGUGAAAACUGCCGACAAAUACUAUGAUGUGCGCAACACAGAUAAAACAGAUGCCGAGAUGGCGGAGUUCCUUCAUCAUAUAACAACAGGAGGUGAAACAAGCAAGGAAUCCAUGCACCGGGGCCCUCAAAAGAGGUCGAGACAACAAUGAAAAGGAAGCACGGUGAAAGCUCAAAAAGCGAUAAGUCAUCUCCAAAGAAGAGGAAGCAUGAGUCCCCGGGAUCAUCUUCGAAGAAGAGGAAGCAUCGGUCCCCAGGAUCAUCUACGAAGAAAAGGAAGCAUACACAGUCACUAGGAGGGACAUCGUCAAAGCAGAUCGAAAUUGCCGGCACAUCGAAAGAAUUCUCUCGAGAGUUAUUUCCAGAUGAGGCCACUGAGCAGGGUGAAACGGGAGAGCAUGAAGCACUGACACCUGCGCAAGCUUUGCUGAAGGAGACAAUAAGCCCUGGUAAGAGCAUCGUGUCCAAGAUGGCGUGCAGGAAAUACACGAGAGAGGAAAAUAAACUUAUAUACAGAGCAACAAAAAGUUUGCCAGAUAGCGCUGGCACCAACGAAAUAUUCCUGUGUCUGAGUCAGGAUGAACAUGUCGCGAAUAGCCUACUCUUAGCCGAGCACACACGCCAGUCCCUCAGGGACAAAUUUAGAGGACUAAGAAAAACACUCAAUGAGAGGAAAAAAACCAAGUAG